GGCAGCCGAGUAGGCCGGGGCUGCCGUAGCCGAGGGCCGGGGGCUGCAUGUCCGGGGCCGCCCGGUCACCUUUGCCCCGCGUGUCUCUUGCAGAAAAGCUUCACUGGCCUGAGCAAGAGUUCGCCACCAAGUCCCUGCUGAGCCCCGGGGAGAAGCUGAUCAUUGACUGUGAGAACAACCUUUCCCACUUGACUUCGGGAAUCCUGAAAGACAUUUUCACGACUGGAACCAGCAGCUACAAUGUCCUGCUCCAGUCCAAGGAGGAGAAGAAGAACCAGCUGUCGAAGCCGCCGUCCCCGGCCCACCACCGGCGGCACCGGAAGCCCAGCCGCUCGCCGGGGUCCCCACGGGGCAAGGAGCAGCACCACCGCAAGAUCAAGGUGCCCAUGCCCCUGAGCAACAACAGCUGGUGCUACCUGAACAAGCAGCCGUCCAUCUUCGUCAACAACCCGCUGCCCGGCGGCAUCAAGUUCUCCAGCAGCUUCGGGGUGAGCGGCAGCGGCCUGGCCCCCAGGCCCAAGACCAAGGCCAAGAGGCACUUCUCCACGCUGGCCAAGCCCAAGCAGCCCCCGACGGUGCCCAAGAACUUCGAGAAGGGCGACGACCCCGCCAAGAGGCUCUGCAUCCUCACGGCCAUCAAGCCCACCAACCUGGAGAGGGAGAAGGCCAAGUUCUUCAAGGCCGAGUUCGCCUACAACCCCCAGUUUGAGUACGCCAACCCGACCGUGCCCGCCGUGCUGGCGAAGCACGGUCAGGCGUCCGACCGCUUCCUGAAGCAGUCUGUCAAUAUUAUGGAGAGAACGUUACAGAGAUACGGAAGUUAUGAGAAUUUUGAACAGUCCACCGGGGGCUGCUUAUUGUCCAAAACGCGCAUCUGGAGCCAUGUCAGGAAGUACAUGACCAAGGAAGGCUGCCUCGGGGAGAUUGUGGUUCAUCUCACUGAAGAUCUGCUGUCCCGAGCGUCCAUGACAGUGGUCAAUGGCUGUCCGACGCUGACCAUCAACGUCUCCACCGCCCGUGAGCACUGGCUGGAGGGGAUGUUGAGGCACGAAAUCGGAACGCACUAUUUUCGCGGGAUCAACAAUCUCCAGCAGCCCUGGAGCAACUGGACGGGCCGUAAGAAGUACGGCCUGCGGCCCAACAACCCCACGGAGGAGGGGCUGGCCAGCAUCCACAGCGUGCUCUUCCGCAAGGACCCCCUGCUGUGGCGCGCCGCCCUGCUCUACUACACGGUCUACCAGGCCAGCCAGAUGUCCUUCAGCGAGCUCUUCCAGGAUGUGGGGAAGUUUGUGAAGGACCCCAACACGCGGUGGGACUACUGUGUGCGCGCCAAGCGGGGCUGGACUGACACUUCCCAGCCAGGUUGUUUCAACAAAGACCAAGUCUACCUGGAUGGCAUUCUUCAGAUCCUGAGGUACAGAGAGUCCAUCGACUUCCACUUGCUGACCACCCUGGGCAAGGUGUCCUUCGAGGACGUGGAGCGCUUGAAAACGCUGGCCGUCACGGAGAACCUGAGGGUCCCCCAUUUCCUGCAGGACAGUGAUCGGUACAUGGAACAGUUACAGAAAAUCAUGGAGGUGAAUGAGCUGACGGACAAGGAGCUCCAAGACCUCAUAUUCUAACGGCUGACCCGCCCUGGAGAGCUACGGACCCACACCUGGACUGUGCUGGUGUCAGAAAUUUUAUGAAAGCAAAGCAGUGAUUUAUGCAAGUUUUCAGUGAGGAAGAUCUGCAGUAUUCAGCAAUGUUUAUUAAGUGCGUUAAAAUACAAACCUGAAACAAU